CCGGAAAACACAAUCAUUUUACCGGCUGCGUCUGAGUCUCUCACACGGUGUCUUCUUCCAGCGGUUCUAGACAUUAAAACCAGCGGGUUUUCAGGUAUUUUCUGCCGGAAGAUGUUGUGUUUAAGCGGGCUGUCGCUGGCCCUGGUUCUCAGUCUGUAUCCCGGUUCUUCUGAAGCCCUGAAGGAAGGAGAGUGUGAAGUGUGUGUGACCUUCCUGGGGAAGUUCUACCAGUCUCUGCACGACAACAACGUCAACUUCAAGAGCGCAGACAUCGAGACAGCGCUCGUAAAGACCUGCAAAGAUGCUAAAGGGAAAGAAAAUCGCUUCUGUUACUACAUCGGGGCGACGAGCGACGCCGCCACUAAGAUCGUGAACGAGGUUUCCAAACCUCUGAGCUACCACGCGCCGGUGGAGAAGAUCUGUGAGAAGCUGAAGAAGAAGGACUCUCAGAUCUGUGAACUCAGAUAUGACAAACAGCUGGACCUGACCUCGGUGGACCUGAAGAAGCUGAAGGUGAAGGACCUGAAGAAGAUCCUGGAGGAGUGGGAUGAGACCUGCAAAGGCUGCGCUGAGAAGUCCGACUUCAUCCGAAAGAUCACCGAGUUGAUGCCCAAACACGCGCCUGCAGCCGCUCAGGCACGGACUGACCUGUAGCCGGAGGGACGCACAGCUUUGGACUUCAUUUGGAGGAAGAGGAGGAGCAAGAGUUUUGUCCCACAUGUCUGUCUCUGUCUUUUUAAAAAUCAUCUGGUACACUGAUUCAGAGCUCUGAUGAAAGGGGACUGAGAGCUUUGGGAGAGCUGCCCUAAACUCAAACUGAACCCAUCAUUUAGUGGAGUUUCACCUUCAAUAUCAAUGCACCGAUGUUCUAGCUACCAAAAAAGCAAAUGGAAAUAUGUCAUUGAGCGUGAAAUACGACUAAUUGACUAAAUAAAUAAUUAAACCACCAAUAAGUCGACUAAGAGGUUCAAAACGUGACAAAUUCUCAAAAGAAAGUCAGUAUACUCUAAUAGAUCAAUUGUAUUUUGUCCAAUAAUUAAAUAGUUUCUCCUUCAAUAUUCAAUGCACCGAUGUUCUGAUUACCAAAAAAGCCGUUAGAUUCAUGGAAACAUCUCAGAGAAUGAAAAACGACUAAUUGACUAAAUGAAUCUGACUCAGCUGAGACUAAAACCAACACUUGGUCGACUAAGAGGUUCAAAACGUGACGUAUUCUCAAAAGAAAGUCCGUAUACUCACACAGUGCAUUAAUAAAUAUUAAUAAUAAAUAGUUUCUCCACCAAAAACUGUGCAAUAGCACAAUUACAGUCUUCUGUUUGCCAUUAAUGCCCAUAAGAUUCAUGGGAAUAUGUCAUUGAGCAUGAAAAACGACUGAUUGACUAAAUAAAUCCGACUCAGCUGAGAAUGAAACCAACACUUGGUCGACAAGAGGAUUUUGUGCAAUAUUUGGUUAUCUCCUUAAAUAUUUGUGCAAAAGCCCUACUUUAAAUAGUUUGUUUGAAUAAGACGUCCUUUAGCCUGAUAGAACAUUUUAAAAUGACUUUACAGCUUAAGAAAUACUAUUCGAAUGAAACCAAAACAACCUAUUAGUCGACUAAAACGCUCAAAACGUGACGUAUUCUCCCAUCAAAUCUCACAAAUGGAGCAUUAAUACGUGGCUUUAGUGCACAAAUCGAUUGUUAUCUCCUUAAAUAUUUGUGAAAAAGCCCUACUUUAAAUAGUUUGUUUGAAUAAGAAGUCCUUUAGCCUGAUAGAACAUUUAAAAUGAUGUUAUUCGAAUGAAACCAAAACAACAUAUUGUUCGGCUAAAACGCUCAAAACGUGACUCAUUCUCCCAGAAAAUCUCCAAACGGAGCAUUAAUACGUGGCUUUAGUGCAGUUUGAGUUUCUCCACCAUGUGUGCACAGCUCCUCUCCCAAUCUCCUAUUCACCAAGAUAAGUUAUUAAGCGUGAACUAAAGCUUUAAGAAAUGACUUACCGUCUGAAUUAAAGGGACCGUCGACUGAGCCGGUGAAAAUAUGUCAGACGGUUUAUAUGUUUAAAGUGAAAGAAGUCCCACUACCCACAAUCCACUGCAGCACCAGAUCUAAACGCCAAGGAGCUCCCAUUACGUCGCUGCUCUUCCUCCGUCAUUCGAACCCAGUGUGAGGAUGGAGAGUCUUCCUCAUCGCGCUGUUCUUUGGAGGCCAUUUGGACGGUGGUCCGAUGUGUGCAGGAGGACUCUUUACAGCAGCUUCAAUGUAAAUGUGCUUUAGGAUAUAGACCCUCAGGCCUUUGAUAUAGACCCUCAGGCCUCUCCUGUAGACCCUCAGGCCUCUCCUGUAGACCCUCAGGCCUUUCCUGUAGACCCUCAGGCCUUUCCUGUAGACCCUCACCUGCUCUCUCUCUGAACAUCCAUUGUGUUUUCAUUGACAGACUAAAGUCACCCAUAUUCCACCCUGGGGGUCAAACUAAAUGUGCCAUUAUUAUUAAAAAAAGAGACGUGUGAA